AAAAUCAUAAGUCACCCCUGCAGCUGAACACAACACUAUCUGGUUAUGAGAGAGGAGGCUGCUUUGUGGGACGGUCAGUUCAACACCUGCUUUACUUAAGCUUGCUUCUGGGCUCUGGUCGGUAGCAGCGGCUGUCAUUUUUACAGUUUCUCUUAUUAGUUUUGAGGUUUUCCUUAACUACAACCAUGCCAAAAAGCUCAGAAAAGCAUUCCUAUCUGGUUCUGGAGAACUAUAUUGGAGGAAAGUUCAUCUCCGGUAAAAGUCACAUCGACUCCUACAACCCUUCCACCGGUGAGGUCUACUGUAAGGUACCAGACAGUGGUAAGGAGGAGGUGGAAGAGGCUGUGGCAGCGGCUAAAGAAGCCUUCCCUGAUUGGUCGGCUCGCAGUCCACAGCAGCGAGCAGAGGUCCUCAACAAGCUAGCCGAUCUGAUUGAAGCCAACAUGGAGGAGUUUGUUCAGGCCGAGUCAAAGGAUCAAGGGAAAACUGUGAUGUUGGCUCGGACUGUGGACAUACCCAGGUCUGUGUACAACUUCCGCUUCUUUGCAUCAUCUGUGCUCCACCACACCACCGACUGCAGCCAGAUGGACCACAUGGGCUGCUUGAACUACACUGUACGCUGUCCAGUCGGAGUUGCUGGCUUGAUUAGUCCCUGGAACCUUCCUCUGUACCUGCUUACUUGGAAAAUUGCCCCAGCGAUUGCCAUGGGUAACACUGUGGUGGCCAAACCAAGUGAGAUGACCUCUGUGACUGCAUGGAUGAUGUGCAAACUCUUCGAGGAAGCUGGUGUCCCUCCAGGUGUGGUCAACAUCGUGUUUGGCACUGGUCCAAAAGCAGGAGACGCUCUUGUUGCACACCCAGAUGUGCCGCUGAUCUCCUUCACUGGCUCUACUGGAACUGCCCAACGCAUCACAGAGCGGAGCGCCCCUUACUGUAAGAAGCUCUCCUUGGAGUUAGGGGGUAAAAACCCAGCUAUUAUCUUUGCUGAUGCAGACCUGGAGCGGUGCAUUGAGACAACUGUACGCUCAAGCUUUUUAAAUCAGGGAGAAAUCUGCCUGUGCACCAGUAGAAUUUAUGUGGAGAGGAGCAUUUACUCUGAGUUUCUUGAAAAAUUUGUAGCUGCGGCAAGGAAGUGGAAGACUGGGGUCCCAUCUGACCCAAGCAACAACAAUGGAGCUCUCAUCAGCAAAGAGCAUCUAGAGAAGGUUCGCAGCUUUGUAGCACUUGCCAAAUCGGAAGGAGCUGUAAUCCACUGCGGUGAAGGAGUUGACCACCUCGACCUUCCUGAGCCGAACAAGUCUGGCUACUUCAUGCGUCCUACAGUUAUCUCAGGCCUCCCUGACAGCUCCCGCGUCAUGCAGGAGGAGAUUUUUGGCCCAGUCACCUGCGUCUGUCCCUUUGACACAGAGGAGGAGGCUGUUGCCAGGGGAAACGGGGUCCGCUACGGCCUGUCAGCAACUGUGUGGUCCAAGGAUGUGGGAAGGGUUCACCGUAUGGCCCAGCGUCUACAAGCUGGACUGGUUUGGACCAACUGCUGGUUAGUGAGAGAUCUGAAUCUGCCAUUUGGAGGGAUGAAACACUCUGGUGUGGGCAGGGAGGGGGGGAAGGAUUCUUAUCAUUUCUUCACAGAGGUGAAAAGCAUCACUAUCAAACACUGAUGAGAUAAAAAUGCUGGUAAUACUGGUAAGAUCUGAUUUAUGAAAGCAUGAAAAAUAUUUAAUUGAAGAUUACAGUUAUUCAAAAUAUGUAUUUAAAAUUACCAAAAUGUAUACAGUAAUAUGUUAACGUACAACUAAAUGCAAAUAAACAUUAACUCUGUUAUGAAA